AUGGGUAAAACGUACCUUCUAUUCAUGGUGCAAGUGCACCUCAAUUUCAGACGGGCGGAAUUAGAGUCCUUGGCGGAUUUGUUCGGGGUCGAAGUGGGUAAUUGGGAUCAAUAUGACGAGAACUCACCAUUUCUUAAAGUAGAACUGGCAAACGAUGAGCAGGCUCGGGCCUGGAUACGAAGAUCAGUUUUAACUAGGGCAAUAUACGAAUUUUGGGGCGAAGGUGAGUGUUAUUCGAAGCUGCAUGAAAACGUUCAAGGCAAUGUCUCUUUCGACGCCUAUAAGUUGGCUUACAGAAACGGCAGCUUUAAAUUUGAAUUCGAUAGCUUUGGUGGGAGCUCCUCUGGUAAAUUGGAUCGCGUUGCGUGCAUUGAGUCAUUCAGGUACCUUGACUUUCAAGGCAAGAUUCGACUGCGGAAUCCCGACCAAGUUUUUACUGUCAUUGAAGAAUACGAGCCAAUUAACGACAAUGUUGCAGGUGAAGUCCCGAAAAGAAUCUUUUUUGGUCGACUGAUUCAAGAGAGUGAUCGUUUGCGAGGAGCUCUUGAAAAAUAUGACCUGAAAAAAAGACCUUACAAAGGCACUACCAGUUUCGAAGCCGAACUAUCGCUUGUAAGCGCCAAUAUUGCGCAAGUGCAACCUGGUUCCAUCAUGUACGACCCCUUUGCAGGUACUGGUUCCUUCUUAGUGGCUGGCGGGCACUUCGGUGCUAUGGUACUGGGCUCUGAUAUCGAUGGGAGAAUGAUUAGAGGGAAAGGCUCACAAACCAUUAAAGCCAAUUUCAAAAAAUAUGGAGAGUCAUUGCAAUUUUUGGAUGUCUUGACCAUGGAUUUUACUCACAAUUCUCUAAGGAAAAAUCUGACGCUCGAUACCAUCUUAUGUGAUCCGCCGUAUGGCAUAAGAGAGAGUAUCAAGGUUUUGGGUGCCCGAGAUCCAGAGCGAUUCGCUGGUAAAGAAAAUGUCGAAAUCGACGGCCAAAAGGCUUAUUUGAGUCGCGAUUAUAUCCCUACCAAGAGACCUUACUCUCUAGACGCGCUUCUUGACGAUUUAUUACAAUUUGCAUCUGAACGUCUUCCGCUAAAUGGAAGGCUUGCAUUCUGGAUGCCAGUGGCCAAUGACGAAAACAUUCAAACCGUUAUUCCCUUGCAUGCAAACCUUGAGCUAAAAUACAAUUGUGUUCAGGAAUUUAACAAAUGGUCUCGAAGACUUCUUGUCUAUGUAAAUAGGGGACCAGCGUACAAUGGUCCCACAAACGCGGGCCACGAGCGAUCCCAAACGACAUUUAGAGAUCGCUACUUUAGCGGCUUCAACUGA